GAGGCAGAUGUUGAAACGAUAAGGCACAAGUUGGAUAAGGAUAAAGAUAUUGAGAUCCUUAACUGGCUGACGCCAGUUGACUAUGGCCCUCAGCAGAGCGACUACCUUAGGAAGCGAUAACCCGGAACUGGCCAAUGGCUUCUGGACUCGGAUGAGUACCAAGCUUGGCUAAAGACAAGCAAGCAGACGUUGUUCUGCCCAGGCAUUCCUGGGGCAGGGAAGACAAUUCUCACAUCGAUCGUGGUGGACGACCUCAUUACAAGAUUUCAGAACAACCCAACCAUAAACAUUGCAUAUAUCUACUAUAACUUCCGGCAAAAAGAUAAUCAAAAGAUCGACGACUUGCUAGCGAGUCUACUAAAACAACUAGCUCAGAGCCAGUCUUCUUUGCCAAGGAGUAUAAAAGACCUCUAUGAUCGACACAUAAAGAAACAGACACGGCCGUCAUUGGGCGAAGUCUCAAGAGCUCUUUAUUCUGUGGCUGUAAUGUAUUCGAGAGUCUUUAUUAUUAUUGACGCACUUGAUGAAUGUCAAGUAUCCGAGGGCUCCCGAACGAGAUUUCUAUCAGAUAUCUUUAAUCUCCAGGCAAAGUACGGAGCAAAUAUCUUUGCGACUUCAAGGUCCAUUCCUGAGAUUAUUGAUAAGUUCAAAGGGAGCACAUUAUUAGAGAUUCGUGCAAGAAGUGAAGAUGUGCAGAGAUAUUUGGAAGGUCAUAUGGAGCAACUCCAAGGUUUUGUCCAGGAUAACCAGGAGUUGCAAAGAGAGAUUAAGAAUGAAAUAUCAUACGCCGUCGGUGGGAUGUUUCUCUUGGCACAGAUCUAUCUCGCUUCACUUACUGAUAAGUAUACACUAAAGGCAAUCAGAAAUACACUGAAACUGUUCAAGAAGCAAGGCCAAGGGUCAAGUGAAAAUAAGCAACUCGAAGCACUAGCUCAAGCAUACGAGGAGGCAAUGAAGAGAAUCAAUGAGCAGAAACCAGGAUCUCAACAGCUUGCACAGAAUGUUCUGUCAUGGAUCACUUGCGCAAAAAGACCGCUGAGUACGUCGGAAUUACAGCAUGCGCUGGCAGUGGAAGUUGGCAACUGCGGACUUGACGAAGAGAACUUCACACGAGUUGAAGAUAUGGUCUCUGUAUGUGCCGGAUUGGUUACAGUCGACGAAGAAAGCGGCAUCAUCCGUAUCUUCGAGAGUGGGUUUUGUCGAACAAACGACGAGUUUGAAGAGCGGCUGCAGCGGAAUCCACUUUAUGACUAUGCGGCGCGAAAUUGGGGACAUCAUGCUCACGCAGCUUCAGCAGAGGUCGACCAGUUGGUCGUAAAUCUUCUUAAGAGUGAAGCAAAGGUCUCUGGCUGCAGCCAGGCGAUGAUAGCUUGGGGAAUCUAUUUUGGCAAUAGUCAAACGGUGCCGAAGCAAGUGACAGGGGUACACCUUGCAGCAUACUUCGGACUAGAAGAAGUGAUAGUAGUCUUACUCGAAGGUGGAUAUGACCUAGACUCCAAAGACAGCUAUUAUCGGACGCCGCUGUCAUUGGCUGCAGAGAAUGGGCACGAGGCAGUGGUGAAGCUGCUGCUGGAGGAAGGCGCUGAGCUGGAGACCAAGGAUAGAAGGUAUGGUCGGACGCCGCUGUCAUGGGCUGCAGAGGAUGGGCACGAGGCAGUGGUGAAGCUGCUGCUGGAGGAAGGCGCUGAGCUGGAGACCAAAUCUUGGUAUAGUAGUUGGACGCCGUCAUGGGUACCAAGGCGCAAGGUGGUGGUGAAGCUGCUGCUGGAGAAAGGAUAGGAGGUAUAGUCAGACGCCGCUAUCGUGGGCUGCGGAGAAUGGGCACGAGUCGGUAGUGAGGCUGCUGCUGGAGAAAGGCGCUAAGCUGGACACUAAGGAUAGGAGGUAUGGUCGGACGCCGCUAUCGUGGGCUGCAGAGAAUGGUCACGAGGCGGUGGUGAAGCUGCUGCUGGAGAAAGGUGCUGAGAUGCCCCAAUAAUUCAUAAUUACGAAAUCUUGCUCCUGUGGCUUUCUUUGCCGGAGCUUUCGAUAUAGAAGCCUUUGCUGUAGAAUGUUCUAACGUCUGUCCCUGCGUCCCGAGACGCACCGUAUCACGAGACAAAUUUAUAGUUUUGGAAUCACAAAUUUUUUC